GUCCGAACAAGCAGAGCAUAAGAUUGACCGCAUUCCCAUGAUGCUUUUCUACUUAAUGACCUUACGCAGAGUUCGUAGUGCAUGCGAAAUUGUAGAACCUGCCUCCUGGAAAUCAUUGAGAGAGCAUCAUGGCUGACAAGCUUGUACCACUUUCAGAGAGGAGACUUCUAGAGGUGAAGCUUGGAGAGCUUCCUGCCUGGAUUGGCCAUCGGGAUUUUACUCCAAAUGGUGUUGUUGGAGCUGUUCGAAGAGGCUAUGAUCGAUACUUUAACAAAUACAUCCAUGUGCGGAAAGGUGGAAUUGGUGGUGUCGCCAUGCUUCUUGCUGGCUACGUGGUCCUAAGCUAUGUAUGGGAGUAUGAUCAUAUAAAGCAUGAUCGAUGGAGGAAGUACCAUUAAACUUUUACGUGACUCGUGCCUUCAGUGCAUUGUAACUCCAGAAGAACCACUUACUGAAACAACUUUUACAAGCAAGAGCCUGAAUCAUUCAUUUUGUUCAUUCCCCUCACAGUAUACAGUGAAAAGUUUGCUAGUCAAAUAAAAUAUUGUAUUCGA